AUGGCAUUUUUCUGGUGUUUAAGUUUGCCUUUUUGGCACACGGUUCUCUCUCAAACCACUGGCACAGCCAACGAGGCAGGGCAGCGGAGGGCCUUCGUAAAGUACCAGGAGAGGCUUUCUUACGACAGAGGCGCCUUGGAGAGGAUGCACCGUGAGGCGAGGGAGGAAGACGACGACGGGGGACCAGUUUUGCUGGAGUUCCAAGCCUACCAAAGGGUCUUCAGGCUGAGACUCCGACGGGACACGAGUGCUUUUGCGAGGGGCUUUGAAAUCACCAGGAAGGGUACCUCAGGGCCCAUGGAUGUCUCUUUCAUUUACUCUGGUGACUUGGAAGGAGAGCCGGGUUCCUCCUGCCAUGGUUCCAUUAUUGGCGGCCUUUUUGAAGGGUGGAUCCGGACGCGGGACAACGGGACAUUUUACAUCGAAACUGCUGGAGCACCUGCUGCCAACCAGACUACGCCAGGUCAUUCGUUCAUCCACCACGAGAACGACAUAGACUAUCAACUUUGGGGAGGUUCCGAAUCUGCAUCUUUGGCUCAGAGAAUGCACCAACAUUUACAGGAUUUCCAGCGGGAACUCACAGCAAAGAUGGACAACUUGCAACGGCAGAAGAGAAGCUGGGAUUAUUCAAGGACCUCUUGCUUGCUUCACCUUCAAGCCGACUAUCUGUUCUACCGACGGUUCGGCUCUGUGGAAGCUGUGAUUGCCCAGAUCGCCAGCUACGUAAAAGCCGCCAAUGCUAUAUACGAAGGGGUGGAGUUCGACGAAAUCAGGAACAUUGACUUCAAAGUUAAGACCAUUCAUAUUGUCGAAGAGGACGACCCUUCGCUGCCUCCGUUCAUCAGCCCGGAGAUGCUUCUGAUGCUCCACUCCAAGUCCAACUGGAACAACUACUGCUUGGCGUUCCUCUUGACCGACAGGGACUACAGUGGCAUUCUGGGGAUUGCUUUUAAUGGGCAGCCUGACGAUUCCGGAGGAAUUUGCUCCAAGCACCGGGAUUUCCAGGACAAAGAGGUCUCCCUCAACACGGGGCUGAUCACGCUGCAGAAGUAUGGCCAGCUCUUGCCUCCCAGGAUGAUCCACGUCACGCUUGCGCACGAACUUGGACACAGCCUGGGAGCGUAUCACGACGAGAGCAAAGAGUGUUCCCGUUUUGACAUCGACACCACCAAUGGAAAGUACCUGAUGUUCGGCUACGCCUCGGAUGGGGGUGAAUUCAACAACGACAAAUUCUCCCCGUGCAGCAUGGCCUACAUCGCUAACAUCCUGAGACUCAAGAAACACAACUGCUUCGUUGAAACGGACCGCCCCAUCUGCGGGAACCGCAUUGUGGACCCGGGCGAGGAGUGCGACGUCGGCAGUGAUGCCGCUGACGCCUGCUGCUUCAGUGCCGGCGAGUCAAACGGGAUCCGGUGCCGGCUGAAACCGGGAGCUCUGUGCAGCCCAAGUCAGGGACUCUGUUGCAGCCAUAAGUGUAUCCCUAAACCCCAAGGACAGCGAUGCCAGGAGGAGACCGACUGCGCCUUGGAAAGCAUCUGCACCGGAUCAGCGCCCGAGUGCCCCUCCCCACUUCCGAAAGCCAACUUCACCGUCUGUGGCAUGAACUCCCGGGUGUGUCUGGACGGGCUCUGCGUGGGCUCGCUCUGCAUGCAGCACGGGUUGGAACAGUGCGAUUGUGUCUCCAGUUCCCAGCGAGAGAGAUGCCAGCUCUGUUGUCAAGCGCCAGGGCAGGCCGGGAGCUGCACCGGUACCUCUUCCCCUGCGUGGUCCCUCUUCUUCAACGGCUCCGAAAUCCCACUGCUCCCGGGAUCGCCGUGCAGAGACAAGAGCGGCUACUGUGACAAGUUCCACAUCUGUCGGUUUGUGGAUGAAGAUGGGCCUGUGGCCAGGGUGAAAAACUUCAUCUUGGACUUCAUUGAGAUGGAGGACGUGGCGACCUGGAUGAAGACGCGCUGGUGGGCCGUUCUUCUCAUGGUUUUGACCUUGUCUGCCAUGAUGGCUGCUACUGUUUUCCUCUUUGGAAGGACGGUUGACACCGAAACUGAAACCGGUAAUGUUUGCGAAAAGCACGUCUACACUGUACGUUUUAAACCAGUUUCAGACCUUUGUGGCUCCCGCCACAAAGAAACAUUUGAGAUUUUAUGCUUCAGUAAAGGGAUGAGAAUAGAUGAAAGGCCGCCGCCGUCGCCUUCCGAUAAGAAAAUAUCCGGCGGCCAUGAUGCAGAGAAACAACAUUCGUUCUUCUACUGGGAACGCGAGGAGAUCUACAUCGAAACGAUGCGCCAGGAAUACGAGACCAUUAUCUAG